CUUUUUUGCCAUUUAUAAUAGCUUCGUUGAACUUUUAACGGAUUUAGAUCGUCGCCAAAAGCGAAGCAAACAAUCAACGUCGCGACUUCAAGCAAUACAAUCGAUCAACAAAGCAUAAACAAAAAAAAACAGAAAAACUGAACUGAACUGAACUGAAAUUUGUAUUGAGUGAUUCGUUUGUUUGUGUUAUUGCCAGUUCCUUGAUAUCGACAUGAGUGGCGUGCUGCGACGCGGCUCCCUGAAUUUCGAUUGCGUUGGUAGUGCACGGGGCAGCCUUGAUUCAAACCUUUAUGGCGGUUACCGAGAAACAAAGCCAGCACCAGGCACACCGGAAUUAAGUGUAAUUACAAUGGACUUUCGUCGCCACUCGGAUGACUUGAAGAAGGUCGGUCUCACGGCUGUGCCGCCACCAAUGCCGCAGCCCGUCAAGGAUCUUAGCCAAGACGCUGAUAGCGAUGUGCUAUCUAGUUUUCUGGGGCACUAUCGUAAAUGGAGCUUCAUGUGGACAUUUCUGUUGUGCUUGUUCCAGAUACCCACCACAUUUCAUUUGUUUAUGUUUGUAAUGUCAACGCCUGAAACGAGUGUGGGCGAAGUAUCGCCGAUGCUGCUAGAAAUGCCCAUCAGCCACGAGCAGUUGGAGUUACUUCAAAUGAAGACGUUGCAAAAGCUAUUCGGUUCCUUCAGUCGCUGGCAGUGCAUGUGGUGUGCGUUGCUAUCAAUCUUUCAGGCCAUUUGUACCUUCCACAUAUUCGUCUAUGUGUUUCAGACAGCUCCAAAGGAAUAUUGGUGUGCCAGACCAACAAAUCUGCAGGAACUUGACAUCGCGGAAUGGCGUAAUCUCAGUCAGAGCUCAAAUGGCUGUCAACUGCUGGAUAUAGACUAUAGUCAGCUGAUCUUGGAGAACGGAAAUGUGAUGAAUUGGCCCAGCAAUGCCAGCGAUAUGGGCUAUACACAGUGCACACAAUUCGAGUUCUCCGAUAUUGACGGUGAAGCCAAGUCGCUGGUGCAGGAAUUCGGACUUAUUUGUGCGAAUAACAUUACCAACGUUGUGGAAAUGUGUUUUCUGAUGGGUGCCGCGGCGGGUGCGGUUCUUUCUGGCUGGAUCUCGGAUCGCUUUGGGCGCCGACACACAUUGAUGGCCUUUGUGAGCAUACAGACCGUUUUCGGUGGAAUUUUGGCCUUCUCAACAUCGGUGGCCAUGUUCAUGUCGCUACGUGUUAUAAUUGGAUUCGCAUCAAUGACCGUGACUGUUGUUAGCUUCGUGUUGGUCGUCGAGCUGGUAUCCGGCAAAUGGCGCACCAUAAUCGGCAUAUUAAACAUUUUGCCCGUUGCCAUCUCCUAUGUCCUGUCAUCUGGCAUUGCCUAUCUCAUCCGAGACUGGCGAGUCCUGCAGCUGGUCAUAUCCUGGCCCUGGUUGGCCAUGUUGUCUAUCUGGUACUGGCUGCCGGAGUCACCACGCUGGCUGCUGGCACAAGGUCGCCUCGAGGAGUUGAGUCAUCUGAUCGAGAGAGCUGCCAAGGUGAAUGGCACCACUCUGCCCAGCAACUAUCAAAAAACACUGGAAGCUGCUGUGCCCAUGGCUGCCCAGCAUAAAGAGCAAUCUCAGACCGAUGGCGUUACUGCCGCAACUGACGAUGCAAAAUCUCAAAUGGAUUCACAUGAUUUGGAUCUUCACGUGAAUCCAUUAUUUGUUGUCUUUAGCAGCAAAUACUGGCGCACCACAGUCCUCACUCUGGUCAUUUGGCUAACACUCAUCAUCAUUUAUUUCGGACUGACGUUGCAUUUGAGCAAUUUGGGUGGCAAUAUUUAUGUGAACAGCGCUGUAGCCGGCAGCAUUGAAGCGAUAUCUAUACUUGUAAGCAUUUUCGUUGUGCUCAAAGCGGGCAUAAGACGCAGUCUUCUGGGCUACAUGCUGCUGCCGGGUCUCUGCUGUUUGGCCACCAACUUGGUGCCCCAAGGCGACAACAACCAGACAGGCGUCAUUGCUCUGGCCAUUAUUGCCAAAUGCCUGAUUGGCGCCAACAAUGCCAUUAUACCCACCUACACGGCCAUGCAGUAUCCAACAAUUGUGCGUAAUUUUGGCGUCGGCAUGGGAAAUCUGGCAUCGGGAAUUGCGCUCAUUCUGGUCCCCUCCUUGUGGCAACUAGAACACUAUGAUGCCUUGCUGCCUCUUAAUAUUAUGGGAGCUUGUGGCUUGAUUGGCGCCGCUGCUAUAGCUAUGAUGAGAGACAUUGAAUAGAUUAUCUCUUUGUAUACAUUUAAUUAAUAUAUAUUCCUAUCUGUGAUA